CAAGCUCAGAAAAUGAAAGACUAGAAGACUUCUGAUCUUAAACACGCUCCGAAAUAACUUCACCAUGCGUUGACCGGAUUCAACCGUGUUUUUGAAGCUGCUGGAGAUGGACAACACAAGUAAAGGAGAACCAUGGGGGAAGCUGGUUAAACUGGACUCUAAUGCAGAACCAGAGGUACUGCUCAUUAACAGGGAAUGUACUGUCGGCAGACGAAAAGGCUGCGACCUCUCUUUUCCCACUAAUAAACUGGUUUCGGGAGACCACUGUAAAAUCACACAGGAUGAGGAGUCUGGGGAGGCGUGGCUGGAGGACACGAGCACUAAUGGGACAGUGAUAAACAUGUCCAAACUGGUGAAGAAACAGAUGCACUUACUGCAGAGUGGUGACGUCAUCUACUUUGUUUACCGAAAAAACGAACCAGUGUUGAAUAUUGCAUACGUUUACCACUCACUGAAACCGAAGCCUGCUGGCUCUCAACCCCCCAGAGGAGAGAGUCUGACAGAAGGAGAGACAGAAGGAAGAAAGGAGGACCCUGCUGUUGAAGUCAGUCCUGCAUCUCCUUCUCUGGAACAGCACCCAGUGCACGAGGAGCCCCAACCUUCCACCUCCUCCACCCAGAUCUACUCCACCUCCACCCCUACUCCCCACCCACGCACAGUCAGCUCAGGUCCAGAGACUGAGCUGUCAGUCACUUCCCAGAACCCUCCAGAGGGGGGCGCCGGAGGGCCGGACACGAAACCCUUCUGCCUGAAACAACUUCUCAUGGACAGAGAGAGUGCAGCCACGGAGGAGAGUGAGCCAGAGAGGAAGAAAAGGAAAACACACGCAGAUGAGCCCAGAGAGACUGGUUCUGGGGCCAUUGAGUCCAGUGAAGGUGAUGCCAAGGGCUCUGUCGUAGGGAUGGAGGGAAAAACCAAACCAGAUGGAGUGAAAACAGACAAGAUGGAAGAAUCCCUGACCUGUAUCAUCUGUCAGGAUCUGCUGUAUGACUGCGUGAGCCUGCAGCCCUGCAUGCAUACGUUCUGUGCUGCGUGUUACUCGGGGUGGAUGGAGCGUUCGUCUCUCUGCCCGACUUGUCGCUGUCCGGUGGAGCGCAUUCGUAAAAACCACAUCCUCAACAACCUGGUGGAGGCCUACCUGCUCCAGCACCCAGAGAAGUGUCGCAGUGAGGAGGACCUGAAGAGUAUGGACAUGCGGAAUAAGAUCACUCAGGACAUGCUGCAGCCGCGGGUGGAUCGCUCUUUCUCCGACGAGGAGGGAAGCUCAGACUAUCUGUUUGAACUCUCCGACAAUGACAGUGACACCUCCGACACCAGCCAGCCGUACCUGCUGUGUCGACAGUGUCCAGGCUACAGAAAGGACUCCAGCUCGGCUCUGUGGAUCUGCGGACCUGCUCCAGAAGACAUGAUGACCAAAACCCCCGGAGACGCUCCCUCCACCUCCACCCAUACAGACACAGCUGCACAGACUCAGGCGUUUAAAUGUCUACCUCAGGGUAGUCACAUUAUCUGCACCUGCUGUCUGCAGCCCAUGCCUGACCGCCGAGCUGAGGUGACUGGCCAGCAGAUCUCCUCCCAGCACUGUAUGGUGUGCCAGAGGCCUUUUUGUCACAUGUACUGGGGCUGUCAGCGGAUUGGUUGUCAGGGAUGCCUCGCCCCUUUCAGCGAAUUGAAUUUGACAGACAAAUGCCUGGAUGGGGUUCUUAACGGCAAUAACUACGAGUCAGAAAUUCUCCAGAAUUACCUGGCCUCCAGAGGGUUGUCAUGGAAACAGAUGCUCCUGGAAGGUCUGCGAGGCGUGCAGCAAGGAACUUUGCAUCUCUCUGACUGUCGAAUCAACAGUAACGCUGUACUCUGUUACUGCUGUGGUCUGAGAGCCUUUAAGGAGCUGGCCUAUAAAUACAGAGAGAACAUUCCUGCUUCAGACCUACCAGCUGCUGUGACCUCCAGACCUGACUGUUAUUGGGGAAGAAACUGCCGCACGCAGGUCAAAGCCCACCAUGCCAUGAAAUUCAAUCACAUCUGUGAGCAGACCCGCUUUAAGAACUGAGCAGUGUGAAACACCGCGUCGACGGGUGAAAAACUCCCCAUCACUGGACCCACAGCAACCUCUUGCCUCUCUCACUCCUCUGCACUGUUCUAUAAGACUGAUCCUCGGAUGGACACGUGUGUUACCACAAAGCCCUUUAAACUAUGAACCGAUCUUCCGUCGCACACGCUGAACCUCUGCA